AUGACGUCAUGGAGAAGUUAUUUUACACCAAAAAGACCCAAGAAUUUUGGCAUUGGUCAGGACAUUCAACCCAAGAGAGAUCUAAGUCGCUUUGUCAGAUGGCCCAAGUACAUUCGCCUCCAGAGACAGAGAGCUAUUCUCUACCAGCGUCUCAAGGUUCCACCUCCAAUCAACCAGUUUACCCAAGCUCUUGACAGACAGACUGCAAUUCAGCUGUUCCGUUUGAUGGACAAAUACAGACCUGAAGUUAGAAAACAAAAGGAAGCUCGUCUUCGGGGCCGUGCUGAAGAUCGUGUUGCAGGCAAAGCUGAUACACCAACUAAGCGCCCACCAGUUGUUAGAUCAGGAAUCAACACAGUUACAGCCCUGAUUGAAUCGAAAAAGGCACAGUUGGUUGCAGUGGCGUAG